AGGGUGGGCGGUGCUAAUCAUUCGUUCGCUGUGAAAAGAUGGCGUCGAUUCACGCAGCUAAGCGGGCGCUCAGGGCUCAGCUGAAACAAAGGAUUUCAGCCUUGAGCGACCUAGAGAAGCUUCGCCAGUCCCAGGCGGUGACUCGGAAGUUGCUGUCCCACAACCACUACCAGGCAGCCCAGCGUAUUGCUGUGUUUCUGAACAUGCCUGAUGAGAUUCAGACUGGGGACAUCAUACAUGACAUUUUCAGCCAAGGUAAAGCUUGUUUCAUUCCACGUUACCAGCGCGGCAGUAAUCACAUGGACAUGGUGAGACUGAAUGCAGUGGAGGAGAUUCAAAACUUGCCGGUAACAACAUGGAACAUCCGCCAGCCUGGGGAGGAAGAAUGCCGGGAAGAAGCUUUGACCUCUGGAGGAUUGGAUCUUGUUCUCGUGCCUGGACUUGGAUUUGAUAAGGAAGGGCAUCGUUUGGGAAGAGGUAAAGGAUAUUAUGACACAUUUUUAGAACGCUACAACCAACGACUUUCUGCCAGACCAUACACAAUCGCAUUGACUUUUCAAGAGCAGCUAUGCCCCUCCAUCCCUGUCACUGACAGUGACUUUGAAAUCGAUGAGAUCCUCUGUGCUGGAGAUCUGGAAAUAGGUAACAACUAAAGGACUCAGA